AUGUCGCGAAGAUCCGUGAAAGGAGAAUACAUUGAGACGGACACCGGCAACAAAGUCUCCCGCAAGGCCACGCUCGUCGGCACGCAAAACAUUAUCCUCGGCGGCAAGAGCGUCAUCCAGCAGGAUGUCAUGAUCCGGGGCGAUCUUGUACGGUCCCUGCCGGCCUCGGCGUCGGGCGGCAGUGGCGGCGGCAGUGGCGGUACCAGCAGCGGCAGCGCUGCGGCCGGCGGCAGCACGGCCAUCUCCAUUGGGCGCUACUGCUUCCUGAGCCGCGGCUGCUGCCUGCGGCCCCCCGGCCGCCUGUGGAAGGGCGUCUUCUCCCACAUGCCCCUGCGCAUGGGCGACCACGUCUUUGUCGGCCCCGGCACCACCGUCAUGGCCGCCUCCAUCGGCAGCCACGUCCACCUCGGCGCCAACGUCGUCGUCGGCGACUUUGCCAUCAUCAAGGACUACGUGCGCGUGCUCGACGGCACCGUCGUCCCGCCCAACAUGGUCAUUGCGAGCUUCAGCAUCGUGGCCGGCCAGCCGGCGCGCGUCGUGGGGGAGCUGCCCGAGGGCGGCACGGAGGCCUUUGAGCUGCGGGAGCUGUACAAGACGGUGGGCAACAAUCCACAGCUGAUGCAAGCGUAG